UCACUCCUAUUUCUAGCUUGUGGCUCUUUUUUUUCCCAGCUUGAUCCUGAAAACACCGGUUUCAUUGGUGUGGAGACCUUUGCCAGCCUGGUGCACAGCCAUGAGCUGCCCCUGGACCCUGCCAAGCUGGAGAUGCUGGUGGCUCUGGCACAAAGCAAUGAUGAGGGGCAGAUCUGCUAUCAGGAGCUGGUAGACCUGGUCAGUGACAUCAGCAGUAAACGCUCCAGCAGCUUCAAGCGAGCCAUUGCCAAUGGGCAGAGGGCACUGCCCCGCGAUGUGCUGCUGGACGAGACAGGCCUGGGCUUCUACAAGCGCUUUGUCCGCUACGUGGCCUAUGAGAUUCUGCCCUGUGAGAUGGACCGACGUUGGUACUUCUACCAGCAUCGCACCUGCCCCCCGCCUGUCUUCAUGGCAGCUGUCACACUCACCCAGAUCAUCGUGUUUCUGUGCUAUGGGGCUCGGUUGAACAAGUGGGUGCUGCAGACAUACCACCCGGAGUACAUGAAGAGCCCGCUGGUCUAUCACCCGGGGCACCGAGCCCGUGCCUGGCGGUUCCUUACCUACAUGUUCAUGCACGUUGGGUUGGAACAGCUUGGAUUCAAUGCCCUCCUCCAGCUGAUGAUCGGGGUCCCCCUGGAGAUGGUCCAUGGUAUCUUGCGCAUCAGCUUCCUCUACCUAGCGGGAGUGCUGGCAGGCUCCCUGACUGUCUCCAUCACAGACAUGAGGGCCCCGCUGGUUGGAGGCUCAGGAGGCGUCUAUGCCCUCUGCUCUGCUCACCUGGCCAACGUCGUCAUGAACUGGGCAGGGAUGCGUUGCCCCUACAAGCUGCUCCGGAUGGUUCUGGCCCUUGUGUGCAUGAGCUCGGAGGUGGGUCGAGCCGUCUGGCUCCGUUUCUCCCCUCCCCUGCCAGCCUCUGGCCCCCAACCCAGCUUCAUGGCUCACCUAGCUGGUGCCAUUGUGGGCAUCAGCAUGGGGCUGACCAUCCUGCGCAGCUAUGAGGAGAACCUGCAGGACCAGUGCGGAUGGUGGGUCGUGCUACUCUCUUAUGCCACCUUCCUCGUCUUCGCUGUCUUCUGGAACAUAUUUGCCUAUGACCUGCUGGGGGCACAGAUCCCACCACCGCCAUAGCCUCCCCUGGGUCUCCAGCAUCCUCCCCGAAAGUGCCAAAACCCUGAUGACACGGGUGCCAGCCCCGUGCCCGGGGGCCUGCACUGGACCAGAAGCGCACUGGCUUUUCUAUCGAGGUGUUCUCUCAGCCAGAGACUGAACUUGGAAUCUUCCUAGGCCCCUGCCUGAGCCUGGGAGGCCGCAGCUAUGUGACGUGGAGCCCAGCAGACCCGGGCACUGGGCACCCUGCCCACGUGGCAGAGUGGGGCCCUCCACCAGAGGCCAGAUCGGCUGUGCAUGCACGUGCUGGGUGUGAGCAAGGGCAGUGUGCCCACCCCUGUGCAAACAUGUUUGCUGUGUGUGUCGUGCCACCCACCCCAGCAAGCAGGCCUGGCCCCCAAGCUGAGUGGGAGUGAGCAUGCAUGCUCCCUCAUGUCAGGGUGGCAGUGCCAGGGUGCUCAGUUGAAUGUACAGUUUUCAAGCUGCCUUCCCUCCCACAUCCCUCGCUGCUCAGUUCACUGAGUCUCCCUCAUUGGCUCAGGCAGGCCAGAUCCUCUGCUGUAGACAGCAGGAACACUGCAGGGACCCCAGUGAAAUACCGCCCCAUAAGAAGAUGGUUCAGCCUCUCCUCUCUUUCCCCUACAUGCCAUAUGUGAACCCCUAACUGCAGAGUCCCAACCCCUGCUCUUCAGGGCUGGGCACAGGUGGGAGCAGCAUGGGGAAGAACAGCAGCAGAACAGAGUGCCUCUGCUGUGUAGAGCACGGGGCCGUGCAGCCGGGUGCAGGGACAACAGUACUAGGGAGUGGAGCUCUCAGGUUGGCCAGAGGCUUCAGAGCAGGUCAGGGGGGUCCCAGCUAGGAGAAAUGCCCACUUGUUUGUUCGUAGGAAACAGCCAUAGAAAAUUAAGGUCUGGUCUCUUAGCCAAGGGGCACCAAAAUGCUGUUCAGUUUGAUUUUCCCCUCCUUCCCCAGCUCACCUAGAUCUCCCUCAGCACCCAGUUCAGGGCUCAUCUUGACAGCUACCCUGUUGGUAGGGGCCUGAGCCUCUGUCUCCUGACCAGAACUGCACUUCUUGUAUAUGAUGUCAAAUCACUGUUUCCCCCUAUGCUAUCAGAGCUGAGAUCUGCACAACUCAUCUCAGCAGUGCCCCUGAGAUUGGCUGUUUAGAUCACAAAGCCCAUGUGUCCCCAGAACUUCCAUAGCUGGCAUUUGACUCAGCCCAGAGCAUUACCUCUCUGAUGGCAUAUUGGCAUGGGCAGUAGGGAGGUCUCUUGCAAUGGGUUCCCAAUGCGAACAGGGCAAGGAGCAGAGGAGAAAAGGCAGGACCCGCACCUGGAAUCAACCUUUUUGAAGUAUAAAUAAAUAUUUUGCACACCAUAUGUCCCCACUGUCUGUUGCUGUCCUGCCCGCAGAUUGGCUGCUUCUUUUUUCAGCUCAGCAAAAGGGAUCACUAGGUCCCUGACUUGCUUGGGCCUGGGUUCAUUCAGCAGCUAACCUCAUUUAUAGAGGGACCAGUGGAAAUCACCUGCUCUGAGGGUUGCACUGACUCGUUCGCUCCUUUGAUGAGCCAGUGCCCUUCCCUCCUACCAAGGUAAAGUCAGUUCCAUGAAUAGAGAUACAAUUGUCCCCCCCCCCUCCCAUUAUCCAGGUAGAAGAGAGAAAAGUCUGCCCAGGGUAACCCCUGCCACCUGCAGCAUCAGGGCUUGUGACAGAUGCUAGGCUUGGGCUGUUGAAGGACUGGGUGUUUGAUGUGGACGCUCCCCCAUCUAAUGCUGCUGUGGACAGUCCCGUGUGCCAGCAGCACUCCCUGAUGGUUUGGAUCAUCUGUGUUGACUUCUGGGGUAGCGCAUCAGCUGCAAAUCAGGGGAGCUUUAAUAAUUGCAAGGGUGAUUGGGGGCAGCCCACCCUUUGACUGUACAGAAGUCGUCCGGCGCAGGCCUUCAUCUGUUCCUCUGACAGUUAUUUAUGGAUUGCAGAAGAAGCAGCAAGUCCUCUGUGCCUCUGAGAGCCCAGGACCCCAGCAUGAUAUUUGUCUUUCAUCUCUAUGCUCAGGUGGCUCUUCUGGUUGUUAACGGGCAAU